GAAGCAGCCAGGGUUAGCAAGGUUAGCGCCCCCGGAGCUAGCGAGCUGGAGCUGGUUAUCUAUCCGCCUGGCUUGUUUUUUAGCCGAUUAUCAGAAAGUCCUUGCGCCUGAUCAUCCCCAGCUGAGGUCGGAGCAUGGCGAUGUGUGCUAGCUUAGAGAACCCGGCUAACUAAUGUUUAACACACUCCGCGUUUGUUCGGUAGCAGAGGUUAACGUAGCCUUCACGAUAGCAGGACCGGCCAUGCAGUGCAUCUUCAAGCUAGCGUUGUAGACGUUCGGCUGGAGAGAGAUGCGUUUAGCAGGGUCAGAGCUAGCACGGUGCAAGGAGCUGAAACACACACUCACACUGAAGCGCCUACGGUAGCCGCUAACUGGACGGACUCUCUGGCAAUUGACCUUUUGCAGUGGAAUAGCGGAAUAAGUCUUGAACCAUGAGCUCAGUGGCAGUGUUGACCCCGGAGAGCUUUGCAGAGCAUCGCAGUGGCCUCAAGGACCAGGAGAUCGCAGGCUGUGUCCCGGAAGAUGAGGCCUACAUCCCUACCUACCUGGAGGCCUUCCCUCCGCUGCCGGAGAAGGGGACACCGGGGGAAAAGGCUGGGGAGCCGACCUCGGCAUGGGGGAGCAAGAUCAGGCCCAUCAAAGCCUCUGUCAUCACCCAGGUGUUCCAUGUGCCCCUGGAGGAGCGUCGCUACAAGGACAACAGCCAAUUCGGGGAGGGCGAGGAGGCCAAAGUGUGCUUGGACAUCAUGCAGCGGACAGGGGCCCACAUCGAGCUGUCUCUGGCCAAAGACCAGGGCCUGUCCAUCAUGGUCACCGGCAAACUGGACUCCGUCAUGAAGGCUCGUAAGGAAAUUGUAGCUCGUCUGCAGACACAGGCCUCAGCUACAGUCGCCAUCCCCAAGGAGCACCAUCGUUUCGUCAUUGGUAAGAACGGCGAGAAGCUGCAGGAGCUCGAGCUAAAGACCGCCACCAAGAUAGCUAUUCCACGUCCUGACGACCCGAGCGCCAACAUCCGCAUCACUGGCACCAAGGAGGGCAUUGAGAAGGCUCGCCACGAAAUACUGCUGAUCUCUGCUGAACAGGACAAGCGGGCAGUGGAGCGUCUCUCCCUUGAGAAGGCCUUCCACCCCUUCAUCGCCGGCGCCCACAACCGACUGGUGCAGGAGCUGAGUCAGGAGACGGGCGCUCGCAUCAGCAUCCCUCCUCCCAGCCUGCCCAAGGAUGAAAUCGUCAUCACUGGGGAGAAGGAGGCCGUCGCCCUGGCGCUCAGCCGCAUCCGAGCCAUCUACGACGACAAGAAGAGGAAGACCACCACCAUCUCCGUGGAGGUGAAGAAGUCUCAGCACAAGUACAUCAUAGGUCCGAAGGGCAACACCCUGCAGGAGAUCCUGGAGGCCACGGGCGUUUCUGUGGAGAUGCCCCCUCUGGACUCCGGCUCAGAGACCAUCAUCCUUCGGGGAGAACCUGACAAGCUGGGACCGGCGCUCACGCAGGUGUACGCAAAGGCGAAGAGCGUGAUGGUGAUGGAGGUGACCGCUCCAGCCUGGCUGCAUCGCUUCAUCAUUGGCAAGAAAGGACAGAACAUCGGGCGGAUCACACAGCAGCUACCACGAGUUCAUAUAGAGUUUACAGAUGGUGAGGAGCGCAUCAGUCUGGAGGGUCCAACAGAGGAGGUGGAACAGGCUCAGGCCCAGAUACAAGAGAUCAUCAAGGACCUCCUGGUGAGGAUGGACUACACUGAAGUCAUCAUAGACCAGCGUUUCCACAGACACCUCAUCGGAAAGAACGGCGCCAACAUCAAUCGGAUCAAGGAGCAGUACAAAGUGUCGGUACGAAUCCCUCAGGACUCUGAGCGAAGCGGCCUGGUCAGGAUCGAGGGAGACCCUAAAGGAGUCCAGCUGGCGCGCAGAGAACUCAUCGAGAUGGUCCAGAGAAUGGAAAACGAGCGCACCAAAGACCUGAUUGUGGAGCAGAGGUUCCAUCGGACAAUCAUUGGCCAGAAGGGAGAAAAGAUCAAAGAAGUUCGAGACAAGUUCCCUGAGGUCAUUAUCAAUUUCCCUGACCCGGCGCAGAAGAGUGACAUCGUCCAGCUGAGAGGCCCCAAGAAUGAGGUGGAGAAAUGUGCCAAGUUCCUCCAGAAAAUCAUUGCUGAUCUGAUUGAGAAUAGCUUCUCGCUCUCCGUUCCCAUCUUUAAGCAGUUCCACAAAAACAUCAUUGGUAAGGGUGGUGCCAACAUCAAGAAGAUCCGUGAGGAGACCAACACUAAGAUCGACCUGCCGACGGAGAACAGCAACUCCGAGAUGAUCGUCAUCACAGGCAAGAAGAGCAACUGUGAGGCAGCCAGAGAUCGAAUCCUCGCCAUCCAGAGAGAACUGGCCAACAUUAAGGAGACGGAGGUCACCAUCCCAGCCAAGCUGCACAACUCUCUGAUCGGCUCCAAGGGCUGCCUCGUGCGCUCCAUCAUGGAAGACUGCGGCGGCGUCCACAUCCAUUUUCCCUCAGAGGGCUCUGGCUCGGACAAGGUCACCAUCAGAGGGCCCGUUGGUGAGGUGGAGAAGGCCAAGAAGCAGCUGCUGCAGCUGGCUGAGGAGAAGCAAGUCAACAACUUCACAGCUGAGCUCCAAGCCAAACCAGAGUAUCAUAAAUUCCUGAUCGGCCGUGGCGGGGCCAAUAUUCGCCGUGUGCGGGACAGGACAGGGGCCCGCAUCAUCUUCCCAUCGCCAGAUGACACUGAGCAGGAACUGAUCACCAUCGUAGGGAAGGAGGAAGCCGUUCGUCAGGCCCAGAAGGAGCUGGAAAGUCUGGUUAAAAACCUGGACGACGUGGUGGAGGACAGCAUGGUAGUAGACGUUCGCCACCACCGCCACUUUGUGUGUCGGAGAGGCCAGGUGCUGCGGGAGCUGGCAGAGGAGUAUGGCGGAGUAGCUGUUAGCUUCCCUCGUACAGGAGUCAACAGUCAGCGGGUCACCCUGAAGGGAGCCAAGGACUGCGUGGAGGCCGCCAAAAAACGCAUCCAGGAGAUCAUCGAGGACCUGGAGUCCCAGGUGAGCGUGGAGGUGGCCAUCCCUCAGCGCUACCACCGGGCCAUCAUGGGGCCUAAAGGUUGCCGCAUUCAGCACAUCACCAAGGAGCACGAAGUCCAAAUCAAGUUCCCAGAGAGAGACGACAGCGCUGCAGGCCAGGAGGCUCCACCACAGGAAAAUGGUGAGAUCAGUCCAGAGGUGGAGUUCAUCCCCCGCAAGUGUGACAUCAUCACCAUUUCCGGGCGUGCAGAGAAGUGUGAACUAGCCAAGGCUGCCCUGCUGGCGUUGGUGCCCAUAACGGAAGACGUUGAAGUGUCUUACGAGCUGCAUCGCUACAUCAUCGGCCAGAAGGGCAGUGGGAUCAGGAAGAUGAUGGAGGAGUACGAGGUGAACAUCUGGGUGCCGCAGCCAGAGAAGCAGCUGGAUGUGAUCAAGGUGACGGGCCUGCAAGCCAACGUGGAGCGAGCCAAGCUGGGUCUGCUCGAGAGGGUCAAAGAACUGCAGGCUGAGCAGGAGGACAGGGUCCUGCGCAGCUUCAAGGUAACCAUGUCUGUGGACCCAAAGUUUCACCCCAAAAUCAUCGGCCGCAAGGGUGCCGUCAUCUCUCAGAUCAGGAAAGACCACGACGUCAGUAUCCAGUUCCCCGACAAAGGAGACGAGCAGCAGGAUCUGAUCGUGAUCUCGGGGUACGAGCGUAACGUGGAGGAGGCACGUCAGGCCAUCCAGCAGCUGGUGGCCGAGUUGCAGGAGAUGGUGAGCCAAGAUGUCCAUCUGGACCCGAGGACCCACGCCCGCAUCAUCGGAGCCCGUGGCAAAGCCAUCCGCAAGCUGAUGGAGGAGUUCAAGGUGGACAUCCGGUUCCCCCAGCCAGGCUCCGACGAGCCAGAUAAAGUGACCGUGACGGGCCUUCCUGAGACUGUCGACAACGCCAUCGACCACCUGCUCAACCUGGAGGAGGAAUAUAUGCUCAGCGUGACAGAGACUGAGACCUUGGCGGCAUACAUGAAGCCUCCAUCUCGGUACGGAGGGGGAGGCGGAGCAGGAGGAGUGGAUGACAGCAGCGGAGGUCCGGCUAAGGGCUUUGUGGUGCGGGACGCCCCCUGGAAUGCAGCAGGGAACAAGGCACCUGACAUGAGCAGCGCUGAGGAUUUUCCCACAUUCGGGACAGGUGUGACCCUGAAGCAAGCGUCCGCCUGGGGUCCCAAGAAGUUCUGAAGCUGCUCACUUGGAGAAAACAAACAAACAAAAAAACUUCUGUAAAGUAGAUGAUGAGAGACAAAACCGAUCUCUAAUCAAAUUGCUGCUCGCCCUCCUCCCUCCUCCUCCUCCUCCCUCCUCUCUUCUUCUUGUUAGUGACCUCCCUUUGUCUCUCUUUCUCUGUAAACCCUUUUGUACCGUCCUCCCACAACCAGCCACAAUGAAUUCUGGGAGAACUCUUCCUUCUUUAUUUCCUCAUCUGUCUUUCCUCUUAGUACCUCCACCUUCCCCCCGAGAGAACAAAAAAAAAACAAAAAACAAAAAAAAAAGAACGUCAUUUGCUCCCUUCAUAGUUCUGCUGUCUCGCUCUGCCUCUCGGUUGCACCACCCCUGCUGGUCUCGGAAAUAUUUCAAAACUGACCCCCUGCAGCACCCUUUUUCACCUGUGACUGCCACACUCUCCCCCUUCAACCUGUCACGUCACUGCAAGACUUCGGAAAUGUUUAAAAACUCUUCAGAGUGGGGCCGGAGAGCACGGGACACCUGAAGCAAGACGUACGUCCAGGUAACGAUGUGUAAGUCUUGGAUUUUUAAGCUCAAAACAAAGAGGGGAGGUUUUACUGUGCAUGAAGAGUUUGUAAAAAAAGAAAAAAAAACAGGCAUCUUUUACAGUUCUUGUGGUUUUUACGAAGAGAUUUUGUGUUGGCUCACUGAUGAGUGUGGUGGUGCAGCAGGUGAGGCAAUGAGCUCUGUGUGUGUGUUUGUGUGUGUGUGUGUGUGGUGGUGCUGGUGGUGGGGAGAGAAGGAGAGGUUUUCCCCACCCACGAGUGUUUGUAGAUCUCCUUUUUUUAAUUUAUGUCCGAGCUGGGAGCAAAAAAACAGCUGCUGUAGUCGACUUCCUGAAGGUUUUUCCAUUUUUCAAAUCAGCGUUUGAGCGGAAGGACGUGUACAAACCGAAUGUUUGUAACGAAGGUCGUUUUUGUCACAACUGUUUAUUUAUUCCAAAAGAAAAGGAGCCAUUUUAUUUGAACUACUGUGAUCAUGCGUUUUUUAUAAAAGCACCCACUGUAGCUUGAUGCUUACAACCUUAUGUUUGGGAGUGAAUGCUUGUACGUCAGGGUUUGGGCAUAUGUUAGCAGUUAAUGUGUACGUGUACAAAGGACUUUUCGCUAUUUUUUUAAACUGUGUGGGAUUUUUUUGUUGUUGUUGUUGGUUUCUGGCAUAUUUGAAGGACUGUAUGUUUGUAUGUAUGUAUGUGCGCGCGUAUGUGGAAGUUAAGAUGUAUAUUUGAAUGAAGCUGAACCAAACUUUU